AUGGAGAUGGAAAGAGGGAUGGGGGCUGAAGGCUCUAGCAACCCCAGCUCCUUUAAACUUAAAGUAGCACCCCCUCCAGCUGGGCCCGCCCAUUCAGAGUCUGAGCGACUAGAAAAAGGUCUGUGGGCGGUCCCUGCCCAGGACUGGGCGGGGUCAGAAUCCCAGUUUAAAAACUCGCGGGGCCCAGAUUACAGAUCGGGGACCCGGCGGCGGCUCCGCGGGUUCACAGCGAGGCUGGCGCACCGCCGAGGCCGGGGCCCUGGGGCCCAGCAAUCCACGUCAAGGAAUCCCCGAGGUAAUCGAUGGAAGGGAAGCGCCUGCCGGCGGGGUCCACACCGCCGGCGACCUCGCCCCGGGACUUCCCGAGUCGUCACAGUCCAGGGUCCCCAGGGCCGAGCAGGAAUUCCCCACACGCGGGGAUUCCGUGUGCGCCACGCCUGGCUGCGCGCGCCACCCCCAGCCCGGACACCUGGGGACUUGAAGGGAAACGCGCAGACGGAAGUGAGCCGAAACGAACGCAGCCACUGCCCAUCACAGACGGUGAAGAAGCUGCUGGAAGAGCAGAGACGCCGCCAGCAGCAGCCUGAUGUUGGUGGCGCAUCGGGGCAGUUCCUGGGAGCGCUGGUGCAGCAGCCCCUGACCCCAUCUGCCAGUGAUAGUGACACUGGCCAUAGUCACUUCCUAGUGCACCAGGACACAGUGAAUUCUGGUCUUGGUGGUCUGGUCCCUGCCACAGGCCUUCCUGACUGGGACCCCAACACACAUGCUGCCUAUGCAGACGGCCCCUACCCGGCUUCUGCUGCUGAAAGUUUUCCGAUUUCCAACUUCUACUCGCCCUUGGACACAGGACAGCUGUGUACAUUUCCCCAGGGGAUGCAGGGGAUGGAGGCUGAAUCCUGGAGAGUGUCUGAAGUCCUCCCAGGGCCGCCGCAGUUACCACCUAUAGUCCAGGGACCCUCGCUGGACACAGCCCGUGCUCACAUGCUGGCCUUGGGGCCACAACAGCUGCUAGCUCAGGAUGAGGAGGGAGACACGCUCCUGCACCUGCUUGCGGCUCGGGGCCUCCGCUGGGCAGCAUAUGCAGCAGCUGAAGUGCUCCAGGCCUGCAGACAUUUGGACAUCCGUGAACAUAAGGGCAAGACACCUCUUCUGGUGGCUGCUGCUGCCAACCAGCCUCUGAUUGUGGCGGAUCUGCUGAACCUGGGUGCAGAGCCUAAUGCCACUGACCAUCAGGGACGUUCUGUCUUGCAUGUUGCUGCUACCUAUGGGCUUCCAGGAGUCCUCUCGGCUGUGUUUAACUCAGGGGUCCCAGUUAACCUAGAGGCCAGAGACUUUGAGGGCCUCACCCCACUCCACACAGCCAUCCUGUCCCUCAAUGUGGCCAUGUGCCCACCAGACCUGUGCCCCCGGGUGCUGAGUACUCAGGCCCGAGAUCGACUGACCUGUGUCCAGUUGUUGCUGCAAAUGGGUGCAGAUCAUGCCAGCCAGGAGAUCAAAAGCAACAAGACAGUUCUGCACUUGGCGGUACAGGCUGCCAACCCCACCUUGGUUCAGCUGCUGCUGGAGUUUCCCCGGGGGAACCUGCGGGCCUUUGUCAACAUGAAGGCCCAUGGGAACACAGCCCUCCACAUGGCAGCGGCCCUGCCCCCCGGGCCUUCCCAGGAGGUCAUUGUGCGGCGUCUGCUAGCGGCUGGAGCAGACCCAACAUUGCGCAACCUGGAGAAUGAGCAGCCUGUUCACCUACUGCGGCCAGGCCCGGGCCUGGAGGGGCUCCGGCAGCUGUUGAAGAGGAGCCGUGUGGCGCCGCCCCCAGCCUUGUCCUCUUAGGACUCGAACCCAGACUUGGACUGAUUUUUCCAGUCCCCUCCGUCCCGUGGGACAGCCAGCGUAUGCCUAUAUUGCAGGUCCAUGAUAACAUUUGUGGAAUGUCCAGCCAUCCAGGGUCUUACAUUAAAACCCCAGAAUGGCUGC